UCUUGUUCUUGGUGGAACUUGAGCAGGUGGAGCUGACUUACAGGAACAGAAGCUCAUCAGACCCACCAUCUCUCUCUCUCUCUCUCUCUCUCUCUCUCUCUCUCUCUCUCUCUCUCUCCUCCUACCCUCCAUCACCAUUACAAUAGCCCCCCCCCUCCCACACUGUCUGCCCGGGCGGGUGCACGACUGGCUGCUGCGGCGCCGAAUCUCUCGCAGUCCCGCCGGUCGCCAGUGGACGCUGCCCGGCUUGGCCGAACAUGGCGGCGGCCCCGGAGGAGGAGGUAGACCGCAGACCGAUCCGGAGGGUCCGGUCCAAGAGUGACACGCCUUACAUCAACGAGGCGAGGAUAUCUUUGCACCUGGAGACAGCUGAGGAAGUGGAGAGGUUGGCAGCGAUGCGCUCUGAUUCGCUGGUUCCAGGCACUCACACGCCUCCCAUUCGGCGGCGGAGCAAGUUCGCCACCCUGGGACGUCUGUUUAAACCCUGGAAGUGGAGGAAGAAGAAGAGUGAAAAGUUCAAGCAAACCUCUGCCGUGCUGGAGAGGAAAAUGUCCACUCGCCAGAGCAGAGAAGAGCUCAUCAAGAAGGGAGUGCUGAAGGAGGUUUAUGAAAAAGACGGCGCCUCCCCAGCUUUACGAGAGGAGGUGAAGAUGGAGAACGGGCGCUCUCCGGUGCUCGGCUCCGGCCUGUCAGACUCUGAAGGUACUGAGCUGAUGGAAGGAGCAGCUGCAGCUGUAGGCUCUCUGGAGUUUCAGAUGCCUAGUGAGGGCGCGUUUCAGCAGGACCACGCCCAGAAGUCCAGCCAGGCUCCGCCCACAAAGAAGUCCAGUAUGUAUCUGGCUGAAAGCGCUGAAUCUACGCUCUCCAGACCUCCUACGCUACACAAACAACCUCCUGCGCUACCACCUAAACCCUUCAACAGGCUACCUAAUCACAUGACAGACGGUGCCCCGGUGAAGUUGCCGUGUAUGUCGGUGAAGUUAUCUCCUCCUCUACCUCCAAAAAAGCUCAUGAUCUCCGUACCUGCAGGGAGCAUGGAGCCCUCUUCGCUCGCCUUCCAGAAGUGCCCCGCACCUCCCAGCCAUGCUCCAAUGGGCGGGCACUCCCUGCAGUAUGGGGCGCUGCCCGUUUCCCUCCACCCCCCCAGCAGAAUCAUAGAGGAACUCAAUAAGACGCUGGCCCUCACCAUGCAGCGGUUCGAGAGCUCCAUGAUGCACGCUGUUCCCACGGUGAUGAUUGAGUGUGACGACGACAAAGAGAACCUCCCCAACGAGGCGGACUACGAGGACCUGCCCGGUAUGUACAAGGACGAGGACGACGAGGAGGAAGAGGAGGAGGAAGAAGAAGACGAUGAGGAGGAGGACGACGACGACGACGAGGAGGAAGAUGAGGAUGAUACAUUGUUUACAAGCACACUGGCCAUGAAGGUUUUACGAAAGGACUCUCUGGCCAUCAAGCUGAGUAACCGUCCAUCGAAGAGGGAGCUGGAGGAGAAGAACAUCCUGCCGCUGCAGUCGGACCAAGAGCGACUCGAGUCCCGACAACAAACAGCCACCAAACUGACCAGACGGCUGAGUCAGCGGCCGACGGCGGAGGAGCUGGAACAGAGGAACAUACUCAAACCUCGAAACGAUCUGGAGGAGCAGGAGGAGAAGAGGGAGAUCAAGAGACAUUUGUCCAGAAAGCUCAGCCAGAGGCCCACAGUGGAGGAGCUGAGGGAGGCGAAGAUCCUCAUCCGCUUCAGUGACUACGUGGAGGUCGCCGAGGCUCAGGACUACGACAGGAGAGCAGACAAGCCAUGGACCCGGCUAACAGCUGCUGAUAAGGCUGCCAUCAGGAAGGAGCUGAACGAGUUUAAAAGCACAGAGAUGGAGGUGCAUGAGUCGAGCCGCCAUUUUACCAGGUUCCAUCGGCCGUAAAGUGGUCGAGCCAGACCUUCGGCCAGGCUUUCACACUCCCACACCGAGCCUCAAGUGUUCAGACCGCUACCUGCUGCCCUCGUACUGCUACCUGCUCCUCUUUCCAGCGUCGACUUCACACUGACAGACUGGACACGACCCGUGUGCUGCAGCCAGCACAGGAAACGGGAGCAAACACUUCUACAAGUACAGAUGGAUUCAACUCUGCACUGGCGGCUCCCGUCAGAUUUUACAGACCUCUUGAUAUUCAAAAGCUUUUAUUUGUCCUUUUUUUAUGAUGGAGAGGUGGCGAUUUGUUUACUUUGCUUUUGGGAGUCAAACAGAAUCUGUGCCAAUUUGGAGGAUGGGAACGGUAGGAGGUGAAGAUGGGACUUCAUUUUUCUGGUUUUUUUACACAGGGAUUGUUUUCUUGCCUUUCACGUGUUCUCCCUCUCCUUUCUCAGCUGGACUUAAUCUUUCCUGGGGGGCACAAAAACUUGUGUUGGCACAGUGUUUCUCCACAGACGACAACUCGAUGAUCGUUUAUCUCAUUUAGCCAGAGGAAUUUAAAUAUUUAUAACAGCUUAUGCUGUUGCAGGCAGCUGAAUCUUAAAGCCAAAAUCUCCUAAAAUCCGAAUCAAAAUCCCCAAAUUCUCUCUGCAAGCCAGUAACAGUAAAACAAAUAUCCUCGAACACAAUCACACCAAUCAACUGAGCAAUAAUUUCAGAUUUUCCGUUUGUUUAUGGGCUGCAUUCAAGAGCUCAGAAACCCUUUUCAGACGGCCAUUUUAAACCAAAGCAACUUGACUUGCUGUGGAAGUCGCGAUCUUGAAUGCAUCCCAGAGUGACUGCUGUUGAGAGUUCAGUAACGCCACAGUCACUGUGCCUACAGUAUUGUUUACAGGGAUUUAAAAGUUGCCAAAUUAACUAGUUUCAUUUGAUACAGAAUAUUAUCUGUAGACACAGUAAAAUGUUGCCGAACUCUCUGCCGAACUACAAGAAAGAAGACUUUUUAUUUCAUUUUUUUAUUGUUUGAGAUGAACCUUUGGCGGUACAGAAUACGAAAACCCUGCCACAUGAGUUUUUUAUUGUUUACAGUCCAUGUUAGGUUCAUGAAUUGGCGGUUUCUGACCACAUUAUUGGGAGAACUGGUUCAUCUGUUGUGUGUGUUAUGACUGUGUGUCUGAGUGAGUGUGUGUGUAUGUACAAGCGUCGGUAAUAUGACUGUCUCUUGUAUGUUUAAAAAUGUUUUGGGAGAAAAAUAUUCUCAGAAUUAUAAGACUUGUACAUAGUAAAGAAAGUAAGCAAGACUUUUCAAAUGUUUUUUUUGUAAAGCAGAAAAAACUGCAUGUGAGUAUUAAUUUAUUGUGAGUCUUCUAUGAUGUAUGCAGUUUCUUAAAGAAAGAAACUUAUUAAAAAAUAAGUUUAU